UAUAACAAGGAAGUCAAACUUUGUGAAGUUUUUUUUAUGAUAUAAUUUUUUGCGUACAUUUUGUACAUGUAUGAUUUCAUAAGUAUGUGAAGUAUAUAUUAACCAGACUUUGAUAGACAAAUAUUCCCGCUACUGAUGAAGUUCAACGCUGGACCUCACUGGCACUUACAUCUUAGUGUAAGAAGUAAAUUACAUUUGUGUAGGCCAAUGACUAAACUGUGUUUAUCGGAUAUAUUCUGUAUCUACUUAGCCGAAUUCUUCUCCAGUAAUAACUUAUUAAAUCAACAAUUUAUUAAGACAGAGUUCUGUGAUAUACAAUGGCCGAAGCAUGUGGUCAAAAUGGCAAGAACAAACAAAUCUCCAAAAGUGUGUCAUCGUCCAGCUCAGAUGGAAGUCUUUCCAUUGAAUCGUCGACCAUAUCCAUGCCGCCAGCACCAGACGGAGGCUAUGGAUGGAUUAUUGUAUUUAGUGCCUUUUUGACUAAUAUGAUUUGCGAUGGAAUUGCCUUUUCCUUUGGUGUUAUGUAUUCUGAAUUAUUGGACGUUUUUGAUGCAAGUAAAAGUACAACUUCAUGGGUUGCAUCUUUAUUUUUUGGAAUGCCCUUGAUAGCUGGUCCCUUAGCUGGUGGACUUGCUACAAAAUUUGGAUGUAGAAAAGUUUUGAUAUUUGGCGGAAUAUUGACAAGCGUCGGUAUAUUUGCUAGUGCUUUUGCUGAUUCUAUUGGCAUGUUGUGUUUCUCGUUUGGAAUAGUAGCAGGAACUGGCAUGUCUAUGGGAUAUGUGACAUCACUUGUCAUGGUAGCUUUUUAUUUCCAUAAGAAAAGAGCCUUUGCUACAGGGCUUGCUGUUUGUGGAUCUGGAAUUGGAACCUUUUUAUUUGCUCCAUUCCUUGAGUACUUGAUUGAAGAAUACACAUGGCGAGGAUCUUUUAUAAUUCUUAGUGGAAUUACAUUAAAUUUAGUUGUUUGUGGUGCCUUGUUACGACCUUUGGAAUUCACUCCUGAACAAGAAUGGCAAAGGAAUUUAGAAGCCUUCGAAAAAAUGUCAAGGUCAGUGUCGAAAGCUAGCCUUCCUGAUCAUGGUAGACGCAGUAGAAAAGUUAGUGAAUCAGAUAGCUCUAGCAGUGAUUCAGAUGAGGAGAAUUAUAUCGGAUGUGAGCAGUUAAGUCAUUCGCAAGUCAUUCUACCCACAUUUUUGGCGGAAAAGAAGAAUAAAAUACCAAAAGAGGUUUUUGAGGAAAUGUGCUCAAACACUGAUGAAGCUCUUGACAUAUUAAAGAAUUAUUUCCGCACAAGAGGUUCUUCAGAUGUAAACAUAAUAACCAAUCCCAUAGAAGAAAUGUUGACAGUCACAAGUAACGACAAAAUCGUUAUUGUUAAAGAAGAUCCCAGUAAGAGACAGAAAUUUCGCAACAAGCAAAAAGCAGUGCAAAGGGCAAAAUUAUCACAAUAUUUUCCAAUGUGUCGUAAAGAUUUGUUUUAUCGUGGAAAUAUUAUGAAGAUCUCUCACCUACGUUACCGAUCAACCAGUUGUCCAGAAUUAUAUCAUGGAUCGUUUGACGAUGAUAGUUCAGAUGAUGAAGAUGAAUGGUGUCCAGGAAUACCGAAACUACUCAGAUUUUCAAAACACUUGAAAAAGUUUUUGCGAACUAUGUUCGAUCCAAAAAUUAUCAAAAGUCCACUUUUCAUCUUAUUUGCAUUGUCCAAUUUUAUAUUGUACUUCUGGUACGAUGUGCCUUAUGUAUUUUCAGUGGAUCAGGCGAAAAAAGUUGGAAUUUCAGAUAAAGAGGCGUCAUAUUUACUCUCUGUUAUUGGAGGGGUUAAUACUAUCGGACAAAUUAUGUAUGGUUAUAUUGGUGACAAGAAUAUUAAUCUUCCGUUACUGUAUGGCCUAUCGAUUAGUCUGUCAGGACUUGCACUUAUGUUCUAUCCUAUGUUCACAAGCUUCUCAGUAUUGGCUGUUAUAAGUGGAGUAUUUGGCUUCUUCAUCAGUGCAAAUUAUGUUCUUUCAACAUUAAUUUUGGUGGAAUUUCUGGGUAUGGACAAGUUGACCAAUGCCUAUGGACUGACCAUGCUGAUACAAGGGAUAGCCAAUAUGAUUGGGCCACCGGUUGCAGGUCUUCUGUACGACACAUCAGGCAGCUACAAUAAUACUUUCUACUUCAGCAGUAUGUUCAUCAUUCUAGCUGGCUUCAUGUUGACAACUGUUCCAGUAACCAAAUUUCUUAAACGACAUCUAGUGUCACAUGGCAUGUCACCUGACAAACGCAGGAGGGGAUCUCCAGAGGAUAUUGCAGAUCAUGACAUGACAAGAGUUCAGUUUUUGCCUAAGAACAUAGAAAUCAGUGUGUAAGAAAUUGACCUAAGAUGCUUGUAACAUUGGUAUGUCAAAAGACCCAAAGUCCAGUUUUUAUCUAAGAUCAUAGAAAUAAAUGUGUAAGAAAUUGAUAUAUGAUGCUAAUUUGCAUUGGUAUGUCCAAAGAAAACAAUCAUUUGGCAAAAGGAAUAGCAUUCAGUGAUAGAAACAUUCAGCUUUUUUUUUACUUUUGUAUAAUUAUGUUUUUGUUCUGUACCGUAGAGAGUUAUAGGGUCAUCGACUGUAAAUUUAUACAUUUAAGACCCAUUGGUGGACUUUGGCUGUUUUCUGUCCUUCGGUUGGGUUGUUGUCUCUUUGACAUAUCCUCCAUUUUCAUUUUUGAUUUUAUGCUACCUAAAAUGUCUUUUGUUAUCCUGAACAUGAAAUGAAAUAUUAGCCACUGGACUUUAAACAAACACCAAUUAAUUGUUAUUAAAAUUUGUUUUGCAUUUAUGAUUAUUUGGCCAGUAUAAAAUAUUAAAGAACCAUUUUCUUUUGAAAAAUCUGUGUUCAAAUUGUAUGGUUCAAGGAUAAAGAUAAUAAAUUUUAAGUUUAUUAUUUUACAAACCAUGUUUUGUUGAUACUUUAAUUUCAAUCAUAUGAUUUAACAAAUAUAAUGGCUGGCUGGCCGGGAGUCGUUAUUUUAUUUUCAUCUGUCAUAUGUUUUAAAAAGGUCAGCCAAGUCCUUCAUGUCUUUAGUGCUAAUUUAACAUGUUUAAGUGGUUAUGAAUGAUAUACUUUUUUAAAGGGUUGCUGUCUAAUAGACAAAUACCCCACAUUAUCCUUUAUUUAAUUCUAUCAAGUGCACUUAAUUUCAUCAAGGAUUUGUAUAGUGACACUAUACAAAUCCUUGAUUUCAUCAAAUAGAUUUUGAUACUUUGCAUUUUAGUAUAGAUUGCUGGGUAGCUUUAGAAUUUGUCUGAUAUUUGUAUUAUAUUACAUCUCAAGAUUCACAACCAUGUAGCAAUGAUAUGUAUGAAUGAUGUACUGUAAAUUCAGAAAUUAUUGCAAGGUUUUUAUUUAUGCUUAUAAAAGAGGGAUGAAAGAUACCAGAGAAACAGUCAAACUCAUAAAUCGAAAAAUAAACUGACAAUGCCAUAAUGCCACUGGGUGAGCCAGAGGCGGAUUUAGUGGGGAAGGGGGCCUGGGGCCCCCCUUUUUGGGAAAAAAUUUGGUUGCUUAUAUAGGGAAUCACUGAAGCGUGACUGGAGGGGGCUCCCUCUCUGAUCAGUCAGUGGGCCCCCACUUAUGAAAAUUCCUGGAUCCGCCACUGUGAGCAUGGUGAGUAUCCCAAUAAUUUGAUCUUGCACUCUAAAUUUGAGUGGGUUAAGAAAAACUGACACUUUGAUGGAUAAUUAAUUUCUUGGUUUUUCCAAAGUCUGCAUACAAUCCAAUGGAAAAUUUGCAAGUUGUUGAACAUUUGAAUUAGUGGUUAACCUGCACUGACAAAAUUUACGAAAAUUGGCAUCCAACGAAUAUUAAUGAAUUCACAGUCAUGACAGUACACUAUAUCUGUAUGCAUAUUUUCGGGAAACAGUAUUGGUCACUAAUCUCACUGUUCUGUCCAUUCAUAAAAAAAAAAUCAAUAAUAUAUGAACAAAUGUAUGUGUAAUAAUUUCUGAAUUUACAAUAUAACAUUCAGUUGUUAAUGAUACAAACUUUGUUUAUUUUUUCAUGUCUUGAAAGUGAAGCUGAAAUGUUAAAUAUGACAUUUGUUGAUAUUUUAAAAUCUUACAUUAAUGUUGUUUAUUCAGAGUGGACUAUUUUGUUAAUGUUUUAUAAGCUCAUAUUCUAGCAUUGUGUAUUCAAAAGUAAUGAAUUGUUUAAAUGUUUCAUUGUUUAUAAAUCAAACAUUUGUGAACUUUUGACUCCUAUUUAAAUAUUGACCUAAAUCAAAGACAAGGUUAUGUUUAUUAUAUUUAUAACUGCACUCUGGACUAUUCAUGAUAAAAAAGGAAGUAAACUUUGGUUGAGAAUGCUUAGUACAUCAGUCAUGAGAGGGUAUGGAUGGGCUUUACAGAAUAAAAAAUGGACCAAGAAUGCAAGAGUAUAGAAAUAUGUGCCAAAAAAUAAAGAACAGAAAAAAUAGGCCAAAAUGAAAACGAAUAAAAAAAUGUUUAAAAUAUAAAGAAUGAAAAAUAAAAGGCAAACUGAAAAUAGAACAGAGAUAAAAAAAAAAAAAAUGGCCUUAAAAUUUAAGAAAAUUCAUUUAUGUAAAUGAUGGUCAUCAGCCCAUCCAGACCCUCAAAAGAAAACAUAUUUCGAAAAUGUUAGUGAGUUCAGUUAUAUUUUAAUGUCAACCUUUGAUACAUGUACUUGGUAAAAAAUCAUUCCUCAUCUGUUCAUGUGUUUAUUAUUCAUAGUUAAAUAUAACUGCCAUAGAUCUCAAUUUUUGCUAUGAUUUAGGUCUUUUUGUUACAGUUUUAUGGGUUUUUAUAAAAUAUUAGUUUUUUAUUUGUCAAAAGUCUAUUUCUAAAUGCCCACUUUAAUUACAAUUUUAGAAUAUUUAUCCUAUGAAAAUAUUAAACCUUAAAAGAGGACACGUUGUGGUCCCUGACUAUGCAGCAAAGCAAUUUGAGAAAUAUGUAUGUAGAAUCAAAACAUAUUCUUUCCAUUAUGUUCAUGCUCACACAAUUUGUCUACCAAAAUUCUAAAAUUGGAAACUAAAGUGUGUAUUGAGAAAUUGGACCAUUACGUCAUUCAGGAAAUCAAAAUUGAUUCUCACCAUUUUUAAUUUAUUAUUUGUCCUUUUAAUUCUAAUGUCUUGCAUGUUUUUUUAGUUAUUGGUUAAAGUACUUUGAAUAGAUUUAUAUUUGGUUUGGGUAUUUUUGUAUUUUUAUAAUUUUGGGGUUUUGAUAUUUGUUAGAUGUAUACAAUCCUGCAUGUGACAAUUGUGCUAGACUCCAUUCUUAAUUUAUUAGGAUUGUCAGGUUUUAGUCCGAAAGACUGCAUUUUUAAUUUAUUAGGAUUGUCAGGUUUUCUUCCCAAGUUAGUUGGUUCUCACCAAUAAAGAUUGACCACUGUAAAAUGACACAAUAGUGCUGAAAAGGUGUUAAACAUCAAGCAAUCUAAUAUGAGUAUCUAUUUGAUGGUAAAUGGGCUAUGUCAUAGAUUUUGGUAUAAUUUUGCUGGUUGAUCUAUAACUGAAAAUGAACUGAAAAAAAAUGCAUGUAUCUCUUUAUUGAUUGAAAUAGGUGAAUUUUUGUAUAGAGAGCACAUAAAAUAAUCGAUUUUUUUUUUAUAAUCAUUUCAAAAUUGCUCAAAUUUCUUCUCUAUAUAUUUUUCAUUAAAAACUAAAUGCUGUUGGUACAUGAAUUCUGUUGAAAUGUAUGAAAAACAAUUAUUACUAUAUAGUCCAAAGAGCCAAAGAUGUAUGCCAAAUGGUACCAAAAUUUGUGACAUAGCCCAUUUAUUGUAACUUGACCUUAAGUAACCAUAUGCAUGAUGGUCUCACAUGGUUGGAUUGUUGUCCGUAUCAUUCCAUAUAUUAUUUAUUAUUGUUUUUUUGUUUGUUUUGGAAUUAAAUUAUUAGUGAUCGUUUAACAAGUGAGUUACUUCCCCCUGUCAAUAUUUCAGUAACAGGGAAAGUGAUUCAAACUUGUUUGAUUAUGUUUGAUUAUAAUUCGCAAAUUAAUUGUGUAUGAAAUUUUUACUAGUGCUAGCUAAUUUUUGUUUUGCAUAUGCAGUUUUGGCUAAUAUGAACUGUUCUGCAAAGUAAUAUAACAUUUCUUUGAGAAAAAUGAUAAUUCAAGGAUCUGUCAGAAAAAGAAUGAUUCAAGGAUCUGGAGAAUAUUCAUAUAGCUUUUGUACAUUUAUACAUUUUUAAUUAGGAUUUUAACCUGGAUUACAUUGAAAAGUAUCCACUGCUAGGGAAAAAUGGAAGAAUUUGAUGGGUUACAUUACAAAGCCACUUGAAAAUUCCUGAAGGAGUGGAUACUUUUCGACAAUAAAAUCAUAAUUUAGAUUGUGACUGGUUGCUACUAUGCUACUAUUGAGUAGUAUGCAUAUACAAGUAAACUAUAUUAGCUGU